UUUGAUUACGUUGCCUAUGUUUACUUACGUUCGCUUUCGCUAAGAGAAGAAUUACAAAUUUAAACAGAUUGGUUUCGGUUUCUGUGAAAAAACACGGUUUUCUAAACAUGAUUUCGGCAACUUGUGUGGCCCCCGUGAACAUAGCCCUGAUAAAGUAUUGGGGAAAGCGGCACGAAGAUCUGAUACUGCCCGUCAAUGAUUCCAUUAGCAUGACUCUAAGCACGGACGAGCUGUGCGCCAAGACAACAGUAGCAGCCUCGGAAUCCUUCGAGACCAAUCGGAUGUGGUUGAAUGGGGAAGAGGUGCCCUUCGAAGGAAGUCCCCGUCUGCAGCGCUGCCUAAAAGAAGUCCACCGACUGGCUGUGGCGAGUGGCUCCCAGAAGGUGCCCCCGUCCUGGAAGAUCCACAUCGCGUCGGUUAACAACUUCCCCACCGCCGCUGGUCUGGCCUCCAGUGCCGCCGGCUACGCCUGCCUGGUGUACUCCCUGUCCCGGCUGUACGGCAUCCCGCUGAGCGAGCAGCUGACCACUGUGGCGCGGCAGGGCAGUGGAUCGGCAUGCCGCAGCUUGUACGGCGGCUUCGUCCAGUGGCACCGCGGAGCCCGCGAUGAUGGCAGCGACUCGGUGGCCAAGCAAAUAGCUCCCUCCAGCCACUGGCCCAACAUGCACGUGCUCAUCCUGGUGGUCAAUGAUGAGCGAAAGAAGACUGCCUCCACGAAGGGCAUGCAGCUGGCUGUGAAGACCUCGGAGCUAAUCAAGUACCGGGUGGACAAGGUGGUUCCCGAGAGGAUCGCCCGACUGAGGGAGGCCAUUGCCCAGCACGACUUCCAGACAUUCGCCGAGAUCACUAUGAAGGACUCCAACCAGUUCCAUGCCGUUGCCCUGGACACGUAUCCACCGUGUGUGUACAUGAACGACGUGUCCCACAGGAUUGUGUCUUUUGUCCACGAUUACAACGAGCUAAUGGGAGGCUAUCAGGCUGCCUACACCUUCGAUGCUGGUCCAAAUGCCUGUCUGUACGUUCUGGAGGAAAAUGUUCCGCACCUCCUGGAAGCGAUCCAAAAGGUGUUCCCAAGCGAUUCAUUUGAUAGCGACACUUACCUCAGAGGUCUCCCUGUUCCGAAGGCUGACAGUAGUCAUAAGAUUGACCCUGCUCAAAGAAACAAGCUCGAUUCGUUAGAUAUUAAUGCCAAAAAUGCCUUUAGAUAUAUAAUUCACACGAAAGUUGGCGAGGGUCCAAGGGAACUGAGCACUGAUAAUAGUUUGCUGAUAAAUGGACUUCCCUUGGAAUAAUAAAAUGAGCCCAUAAAUCAACAUUUUAAAAUCCAACUGCAACUUUCCUUUUUUUACAUGACAUGAACUUGGUGCUUUGUUUUUUGCUAGAAUGUCACACAUCUUUUUACUUGCAAAAACUAUUUAUUUAAUUUAUUUCUAUUUUUAUAAGAACGUUGCUGAACAAAUACUUUCCACGAACAAAUAAAAUGUUAUAAAAACUGAAA